AUGUCAUUUAGAUCAAGCGACCUAAAGCUUCAACAACAAUGUCAACAACGUCAUAGUGAAAUUGGUCAAUUAAGAGUACAAAAAAGAAAUCAAAUAAUGAACCAAAAAAGAAGGAAAAUUGAUUUUGAACCAAGAAAAGAUGGGUUAAUUCCUAUUGAAGAGAUGCACAACUUAUGUUAUGAAGUUAUUAAUGGGAAUACAAAUUAUUUAAUGCAAUUAUUAGAAACACUUAGUAAUGAUCCUGUACCUUAUCAAGUUAUUAAAUCAACAGGAACAAUUAAAACAAUUAUUAAAAAUCUUAAAAGUGAUAAUAACGAUAUUGUUUUUUAUUCAUUAUCAAUUCUUAUUAAUUAUUCUGCUUUUUCCCUUGAAAAUUCAAAUGAAAUUUGUCAACAAGGAAUUUCUUUAUAUUUUGAAUAUUUAAUUAAUUCUAAUGAUGAACGUAUUGUUAUGCAUCUUCUUUGGUUAAUGGCAAAUAUUGCAUCUGAUGGUAUUGUUCCAUCAGAAAUUAUUAUUAAUAGUGGAAUUAUUCAAUACUUCCCUUCUGUUUUACAAAGAUUUCCAACGUUACGUACUCGAAGUCAAAUAAUGUGGUUAUUUUGUUCAUUAGUAAGAAGAUCAGAAAAUAAACAAAUUAAUUCUAAUUUCAUUCAAAUAGUAAUUCAAUUCGCAAUGAGUUGUUUUGAAUAUAGUACAAAUGAUAAUGAUGAACUAAUUUCUGAUGCAUGUUGGACACUUCAGUAUAUUGCAUUAAUACCGAAUCAAUUUAAAUGUGUUUUAACAAAACAAGUUAUUGAAAAAAUGUUGUAUUGCUGUCGUUCAUCAGAAAUUAAAAUAGCUGUUCCUUCUAUAAGGUUUUUUGGUAAUUUAUUAACCUAUGAAGAUGAAAUUGCUAAACAAUUAAUUACUCAAUUACUUCCAAUAUUUAUUUCCUUAAAUGAUUCAAUGGACCCUUCAAUUUUAAAAGAACUAUAUUAUGCUAUAUCAAAUAUUACAGCAUGUAAAGAUAUAUCUCUACUUCAAUUAAUUCUUGACAGUAAACUUCUUUAUAAUAUUCCUGGAUUAAUUAUUCAAAGAGAUGUCUCAAAAACAGCUCGUGAAGAAAUGGAAUGGGCAUUAUCUAAUUUCUGUUUUGGAGCUACAAAUCAAAUGUUACAAAUACUUCUUACAAAUUGUCCAGCAGUUAUUGCAGCAUUAUUCUCUAUUUGUAAUGAACAAAAUUUACCAUCUAAAUUAUUAAUAAUAACGUUAAAAUCAAUAAGAAAUGUAUGUCGAUUUUGUGACGAUAAUAAAGUUAACAUUAAUGAUGUGGCUGAAGAAUUCCAGUUUGAAACUGUAUUAGAAGAUAUUAUUAUUAAUGAACCAGAUAAAAGAACAAAAGACUUGGCAACUAAUUUAUUAGAAAACUAUUUUAGAGAACCAGAAUUGAUGUUAUAA